UGCUUACGAUGUGUCACCACCUGUGAACGGCAACUUAGCACAAUUUUUGUUGAAAUGUAUUAGAUUUUGUUAAUUUGUUUUUAUAGAUUUACCUAUAACAAUAUAUUCAUAGUUAAUGUUAAAACCCAAACCAGUUUUAUGUUAUAACGGCGCAGUGCAGUGAAAGUCUCUUCGUCUUCGGUUACUUAAGCAAAUUAGAUGCAAUAACAACAACGACAUGACCGAGGUACGCAUACGGCCGCGACAAGUGCUGAUACUGAUAAUCGUGUUCAUUGUGCUGCUUCUGAUGGUCCAUCGCAAUGGGAAACGCACCUGCGAUGGCCCCGAUUACCUCCAGGCGAUGUACACCCAGCAGCAGUCGGACACGUUGCCAAAAAUCUACGCCAUCACGCCAACGUAUGCGCGUCCCGCCCAAAAGGCUGAGCUGACCAGAUUAUCGCACAUUUUCAUGCUGGUGCCCAAUCUGCACUGGAUCAUUGUCGAGGACAGCAACAGCACAACGCCGCUGGUCCGCAAUCUCUUGUUGCGCGCUGGCCUCGAGAAUCGCUUUACGCAGCUGAACAUCAAGACGCCGCAAGAGUUUAAGCUGCAGGGCAAGGAUCCGAAUUGGAUCAAGCCACGCGGCGUGGAGCAACGCAAUCUGGCCCUGACCUGGCUGCGUGCCAAUGCCAAUGUGGAUCGUCAUGCUAUUGUCUUCUUCAUGGAUGACGACAAUUCGUAUGCCGUUGAAUUGUUUGCCGAGAUGAGCAAAAUCAAGCCAGGUCGUGUGGGCGUUUGGCCCGUCGGCUUGGUUGGUGGCCUGAUGGUGGAACGUCCGCUGCUGGACCAGGAGAAUCGGGUGGUUGGCUUCAAUGCUGCCUGGCGACCGGAGAGACCGUUCCCCAUUGAUAUGGCCGCCUUUGCCAUUAGCAUGGAUCUGUUCAUCAAGUAUCCGCAGGCGGUUUUCUCCUACGAGGUGCAACGUGGCUACCAGGAGAGCGAAAUACUCCGCUACCUCACCACACGGGAUCAACUGCAGCCGCUGGCGAACAAUUGUCGCGACGUUCUCGUUUGGCACACGCGCACCGAGAAGACCAAACUCACUGCCGAGGAGGAGCUCAUACGCAAGCGGAAAAGAUCUGACGAAGGCAUCGAAGUUUAGCGCAGCUACUUAACUACUACUACUAUAUAUGUAUAUGUGUAUAUGUAUAUAUUUUAGACUCAGUGACUAGACUAGAGUCUGGCUAUAUAGAAUUUAUUGCCUUAACUACUACUACUUUGUAAUAUAUAACUGUUUGUCCCAACUUGUUAUUGUAAAUGUCGCAGCAUUCAAAGUUAUGUAAAGUGAUCUAUUUUAAGCUCAAUGUGUGUGUUCACAACUAAUCCAGCAUCCUGUUGAUCCUUUCCCCUUAAUUGUAAAAGGAUUCAAGUAUUACCUCAGUCCUUAAUAUCAGAUAAGUCAAUGCAAUAAACCCAACCAUUCUAUCCUUGUAA